CUAUAGAAUAUCUAUCAAAGUAAAGUACUACAACAUCUGAAUCUACAUUGGUUCAUGCGUUGUGCGAUUCAUGGAAGUUGUGGAAGAAAAAUCAAUCUUUUGUUUGUUUUACAAAACCCAAUUUCAGUCCGCUCGCUAGAAAUUGGUACGGUGUUCGUAUAUCAAAAUUAUCUCGGAUAUUCCUAUCGUUUUACCAAUCGACGGGCUUCGUAGAUCGUGCGUAGAAGUAAUCUCUGUGGUGUUACAGGCAGGGACUCAGUGGUCACUGUUGACGAAAAAAAUGUGUCCCUAUUCACUCGCGAAUGGAAAAUAUUGUCUGUAAUUGUAUUCCUGUUUGAGGCGCGACGAUGCAAUCGCUCGCUUUUCAUCAUAGAUUCAAAAGAUAGUGGCAUUCGGGACAAUGAAUAUUGCUAAAUUUGAUGAAAUUUGGUGUGUUGCGUAGAGAAGAUAUUGUCGUGAAGGAUCCACAUACAUUAUUAACUCGACAAAAUGGCGGUAAAAAAGCAUGAGCUCGUUCAUGACAAUCGCAAUCAAUUGGAUUUGCAAGCUUUAGAACAAUAUAUUCAGCUGAUGAUUGACCAGUCUAACUAUAUGCCAGCCCCUCACGAGCUCGUGAAAAAUUGCCAGGAUAUCGUCAAAUGUCUUGCUCGUGCAUCAGGAAAUGAAGAACAGAUGUGGAAUCUUAUACAAACGGUCGAAGAGUAUUUACUUCGAAUUGUGAACUCUGUCCACACCUCCCUUCGCCAUGAGAUUGUCACCGCAAUCCUUGACAAGUUUUAUACAUUUAUUUCUGACCCCCAAUCCGAUGCUUGCCCCGCCACAUCAGUGGUGCUCAUCGUAUUGGACAGUUCUGACACUGAGGGCAAUUUAUCUGCUGCACGCUGGCUAGUGCAGCAGGGAGACAAUGGGCCAGCCGGGGCCGGCCUCCGGGCUUCGCUGUCUUGCCUCUAUUGCUGGCUCCACGAGUGGCAUUUAACUCCGGCACUUGGUGACUGGGUAUUCGCUUUCAUUAAAGCCCUGGAGGAAAAUGAGCGAUUUGAUAUACUGAUUGAAGUAUCCGUGGAUAACUUGGGCCGUCUGUUCUUGGCUCUGGAUGACCCGAUAGCUCUUCGUCAGUCUGUGGCCGACGUUAUCUUCCACGUAUUAGCAUCAUUGCGCGAGUCCACCGAAGCUUUUGAUAGGAUUGCCCCGCACGUUGGGCGUGUUUUGGCCAACCUUGCGAACGACAGUGGCCAGUGGAGCCGCCAGCUCUUACAAAACGUAGUCGACAUAUUGACUGCGGCUGUCGAUGGCUACGUUGAUGCUCUGAAAGGCGAAGCUCAAGAAAUGUUCAAGGACAAAUACAGCGACGUGAUUUCAUGUUUGGAACGGCACAUGGCUUCGCACGGGUGCCGGUACCUGCAGCAGUCUCCGUGGCGGGCUCGCAACGUUUGCUUGAGCGGCGCGAACACUCAUGCCUCGAUGCAGAAGGUGGGCCUGCUCAACCUCGGCAAUACCUGCUAUAUGAACAGCGUGAUGCAGGCCUUGCUCGUCACCAGGCAGUUCAGCACCCACGUGAUGCUCAAGAUGAAUGCAGUGCCAUACUGGUCUAAGAUGGGCGUUUUAUUCAGCAAAAUGAUGCACUCCAUCACGACCAAGCUGAACCCCGAUGAGUUUUUCAGCGUGGUGAAGCCACCAUUCUUCACCAGAAAUAAUCAACACGACAGCUCCGAAUUUCUGGGGUAUCUGUUUGAGCUGCUGCAGUCGUACGAGCAUUGCUCCGAUGUCAACUUUGACUACUCUAAGCCGGCUGUUCUGUCCAGUCACAGCCGACAUCGCGCCGUGGUCGCCGCUUCGCAGUCCACGAGUGCGGACGCCAAUGAUAAUGUGGAACCUCGCCCAAGCAGCAGUGGUUACGUUGCAGGGUCCUCCAGCUCCGGACAAAAGCGACCUUCAGGAGAUGCCGAGAAUGGGCCGUCGAAGAAACGCAUACGCAUGGCUGAGUCGACGUUCCUGCGCCGCGACUCCUUCAUAGACAGCAUGUUCGGCGGCGUACUGCUGACGCGCGUCGAAUGCACCGUGUGCCAUUCAUCCUCGCUCUCGCGCGAUGUUUUCCGCGACUUACAACUCGCAUUCCCCGAAAAGCUUGACGGCUGGCAGCACAAUGUGCAGAGUCUUUUAGAAUACUACUGCUCGAAGGAGAGCCUCACCGGGGAGAAUCGGUACCGGUGCCGAGACUGCGGCGUCCUCCGCGACGCCGAGCGCAGCGUGCUCAUAGAGACGACACCCAAGUACCUGAUCCUAAUAUUAAAAAAUUUCAAAACUUCCUUCAACAGGUUUGAUCCGAAGCUGCAGGUGCAGACAAAGCUGAUGCACUCCAUGUACCACAACCACAACAUCACGCUGCCGACGGUGCGCUCGCAGACCGUGCACGCCUCCUACAGCCUGUACGCCGCCGUCAUACACGACGGUACCACGCUCGACUCCGGACACUACUACACCCUGGCCAAGGACAACGGCCAGUGGCACAUUUACAAUGACGACACCGUCACUACCUCCGACGAGGCGGAACUAAACGGCCUGAACCGCUCGAGCACGCCCUACAUCUUGUUCUACAGGCGCACUGACAUCGAAGAAGGCACGGCUCCAUCAAUGACCGAGCUGCCACCGAAGGUUCAGGAGCUGGUGAUGUCACACAAUAAGCAGUACGUGGAGAAGGUACGCACCCUGCGGCUGACUCGCCCAUGACAAUACUUCUCCUAGGUAUUGUAAAGAAUACCGGGGUCGUCCAGGCAAUGUGUAAAAUGCUAUGGAAUGUUCAAACUAUUUCACACAUAACCUAGGAAACGUAUAGAAUACCUAGUCUGCGUCAGGAUCCCUGUCACAACUCUCCGAUCCUCUCGAAAUACAUAUAGAGAAUUGCUACCUAAUUGCUAUCAGCUACCAUUAGUUACCCUGAUAUCAGAAUGGCUGUCAACUUUAGAUGCUGAAUAUCUUCAAAACCACGAGGGUAGCAAUUGGUAGCAACUAAUGGUAGCUGGUAGCAAUUAGGUAGCAACUCUCUAUAUGUAUUUCGAGAGGAUCGAAGAGUUGUGACAGCGAUCCUGACGCAGACAAUACCUAGGCAUUUUAUAGAAUGCCAGUUGACGUGUGUAUGUUCAGUAGCGGCGUAAGGGGGGGGCGGUCCGCCCCGGGGGCCACAUCUCGGGGGAUGCCAUCUUGGUCGACACACUGCACGACCAUUUACUGUUUCAUUUUACUUAUACACAAAUUUUAAACACUAGACAUCGAGGCGGGUGACACCCCUCUCAGUCCGACUGUCACCCCUCUCUUGUAUUUUUGCUUUUAUCUGAUUACUUAAAUUAAUUCCUCAAAGUUAGAAAAAAAAAUUCGCUCGCUUCGCUCGCGGUUUUUUCUUAAUUUCUAUUUUGAUCUGCCCUUGCUUUUUAAAUCCUCAAUUUAACGCACCGAGAAAUUUUAAGCACCGAAGUAGCAAAAACAACUGACGCUCGCUCCAGUCCCGGUUUCUUUUUAUUUGUGCUUAAUUCAGAGUUAAAUUAGAGUCCUCAAAAAUAACAAUAUCAAAAAAUCACUUUACAGUAUUUAUUUCUAAGUUGUUUAGGCGCUAUUUGUAAGCGGAGGUGGAGGACUUUUGUGUCCCAAAUCUCAAAAAAUUUUGAGCUCGGUAAGCUCGCUGCUGCUUCACUUUCCGGUAGUUUUUUUAAAACUUGUUUGAGUACUGUUCCAAAACUCAAAAAUUUCGAAAACUCUUUACAGUGGUAAGCUUUUAUCAUACUUUUAAUAAACUUUGGGUAACAUAAUUAUAAUUUGAAAGGAAAUGAAAUCUUAGGUAACAUCUUUGAACAAACUAAAAUAGAUUAAAAUUGAAAUAUAGUUAAUACCUACUUGUAUGUACUCGAUAACAAUAAGAAAGUCUUCAAGAAUCAAGAUCUUUAUUUGCUAAGAAUGUAGGUACAAGCAAUAAGAUGUUACAUAUAAAUUAGUCAGAUCCACUACAAUCUGCCUUACGGCGUGCAAAUUGUAAGUAAAUAAAAGUAAAAAUGCAGAUGUGCCUCCCGGGAAGUAAGUAAUGAACAUAUUGUCAUCAAAACUACAAAUAAUUGCGAUAAAAUUUAUAAAAAUUAUGUAUAAGAAUGUAAAUUUACUCGGUUUUGAAUUCACCAGUAAACCCCAGUUUGGCCACAAUUACACAAGCAGAGUGCGGCUGCAAGUCUUUUAAACAUGUUGGACUAAUGUAAUAAUGUAUUUAACAGUUUAUGUAGAUAAAUAACGAGCGAAAGCGUUGCGUGGUAAUCUUUGGGGAUGGCAACUUGUCAAAAGGGGAAAAAACAACUUUAAAUUACAAUUACAACAAAGGGAAGAGAAUACACCAAAAAAUGCAGGAAAAAUAAGUUAUGAACGAUCUGAGAUCGGGAAAUCGGGGGGUGGAGACGGAGAAAAUUGGUUUAUCACGAUCAACGGGUAUUCUGAAAAAAUGUCUAUCGUUAGAAUAUAUUAUGUCAAUGAUUUCUGAACACAAGAAGUAAAUUUGUAUAUAUUACAGUUACUUUAUUAUUUAAAAUAAUGAGUUAUGUUCAUAAUUCACUAAUUGUUAAAUGAGUUAUUAUGAAAUUAUCGUUACGAUGAUGAAAAAAUUACAAAACACUGUCGGGCUAACUGUACGAUUUCGAUUCGAUAUCGACUUACGAAUGGUAUGCGUAGAACGGUCGAGUUUCUUUUAAGCAACGCAUUGUGCAAUAUAAUAAUACUUAGACCGUAACAUACAUAUAUCAUAAAAAGCUACAUGAGUUUCUGUAUAUUAUUUAUGGAGUAUUUAUAAGUGAACUAUUUAAACAUAAGAAUCUUUAAAUGUCAUCUUCAGCUUUUGCAAAAAACCUCGUUAUAUUAAUUAAAUAUGGAUGUUAGAAUAAUUUAAAAUUAUAUCAUAGAAUUUCAUCGUGUUGACAUUACAUCUUAAUAAUGUAUUUAACUCAUUGCAAAUUAUAUGAAUUAUGUCAAGAAUUACAAUGUGUGUAAUUGGUAGUUUUAAAAUUGAAGGAUUUCAGUGAAUUCAGAGUAUAUUAUUGAUGUUAAGAUAAUUGUGUAUCCUUAGAUUAAGUAGAUAAUCGAAGAAGCAGUCAACGUUACUGUUUUUAGAAAUAGAAUUUUAACAUUUAACACAUAGUAAAGUAAUUUUUGAAGACAUCUCUACAUGUUCCAUGUUAAUAAUAUACUAGCCAAUCUCUGAAAUUGCACACUCUAAUUACACUAGUCUGCAGCAUAUUACAAUACAGCUGUACUUUAAGAUGGGUAUAGGUGUAAAUCCCGACGUGCUAGAGCAACUUUCGUGUUCUAGACUUAGACCUACAAGAAAGUAUGUUUCACCUUGGCUAAAAAAAAAUUGUAGACUAGUGUUACCUAACCAAGUGUUUGAUGUGUAGUAACGAGGUUUCUUGCAAAAGGGUCUAUUUUACUUGAGUGACGAUCUAUUUAUUUUUAUUUUUUGACCACAUUAAAAAUUAUGUUAUUUUGUUUUCUGUAUGUUUUAGAAAUGGUUAUAAUCUAAAUUCGGCUAUUUAUGUUUUUUUUUUUAAUCCUUAUUGUAUUUUUUAUUCACAAUAAAGAGUGAUUAAUUACUUUCAUAUUGUUAUUAUUUACAUAAUAAGUUGGAAUUUCAUAAAAUUUUCUUUAUGAUAAUUUAUUUAUACGAUAUGUCACAUGAUUCGUUCACGACUAGCUCUAUUUUGGUUGUUUGAUACUAUCUCUCCGAUUAACGUAACUGUUAUUCAAAUUAGUGUAAGUUGGUGUUUUCUGAUCAUUUGCAUAGUCUAAUGUGAUUGUAAUAGAAAUAAUAUCUAACAGUUUCUCAUCUCGUACAUCAGUUCACUUAAUUCCUUUGAUUUGCCUCUGGAAUUGCGGCUUAUUUCACUGUGUCCGUUGUCCGUUUGGUUCCCAUAAAGAAUCCCUUUAGGAAAAGUAGGUUUCACUUUGUCUUUGCCCCGGUCGGUUCUUUCAGUUUUAUAGUUUCCCAGUUAAGGAUGUCACUACAGAGAAGUCGCGCAUAUGCGACAACUUGAAUUAUUUUUGGGCAAAAACCAUGUAAAUAUCUAUUGUUUAAAAAUUUUUCAACUAAAUAUAUAUACUAAAUUUGGAGAAAAUAUCAUCUCUCUAUUAUGGAAUGAAUACAAUGUUUUAUAGUCUUUUUGGCUAUUUGAUUAAGCGCGACUUCGCUGAUUGUAUUUACAUAUGUUAUAAUUAUUUUUAUUAAAUUGAUUAGCUUUAUUUUAUGUAAAUAAUUCAAGCAUUUAAAUUAUAAGAUAGAUAUUCCACGUGGUAAACAUAGUUUAAGUAGGUAUAUAUGUUAAUGUUUGGGACUCUACAUCUGUUCCCCCAUACAUCACUUUAUUUAUAGUUAGAAAACACAUAUAAUUGUAAAAUCGGUUUUUGGUUUAAUAAAUAAAAUAAAAUAAACGUUGGAAAAAG